AUGUCUGAACAUCAAGAAGAUAGCACUGUUGCAUCUGAGCAACAACAGCAGCACGAGGAGGAUCAACUCACGCUUCGUGCUUUGGUGUCUACGAGAGAAGCAGGCGUUAUUAUCGGAAAGGGAGGUAAAAAUGUCGCUGGAUUGAGAGAUGCCACUGGUGUGAAGGCUGGCGUCUCCAAAGUGGUUCAAGGUGUCCAUGACCGUGUAUUGACUGUCAGUGGUACUUUGGAAGGUGUGGCCAUGGCUUACUCAUUGAUUGCCCGCACCAUGAUCGAUAAUCCAGUCGCUGCCAAUACUAUGGAUGGCAACACAUCUCAGGAUGCCUCUGAUAACACUGGCAAUGCUGCUACUGCUACUAAUACCAUCACCACGUUGCGCUUGCUGAUUUCACACAAUUUGAUGGGCACAGUCAUUGGAAGACAGGGAGCCAAGAUCAAGCACAUUCAAGACAACUCGGGUGUUCGCAUGACAGCCAGCAAAACCUUAUUACCUCAAAGUACGGAACGCGUUGUUGAAGUGCGUGGCACCGUGGAAGCUAUUUUACAAGCCAUCUCAGAGAUUGGUGCUUGUCUCAUUGAAGACAAGGAUAGAGCUUAUGGUACAAUUUUGUAUAAUCCCACCAAAGUAACUUCAGUCAAUGACAGGCGCACUUCAUUUACUCGUACUGGCAACGGCUCUGAUUUCAAUCAAACAGAUUUUUCGACAUCAGCGUCAUCGUUAUCUCAACCCUCUCGUCGUACAUCAUAUCAACCACCACCACCACAUCAUUCACAGCAGCCCCCAUUAAACGCUGAUGUUCGUACACAACAAAUCUCAAUUCCAAGUGAUAUGGUAGGCUGUAUUAUCGGCAAGGGAGGAUCAAAGAUUUCUGAAAUUCGUCGAUUAUCUGGAUCUCAUAUAUCCAUCGCCAAGACACCUCAUGAUGAUUCUGGCGAGAGAAUGUUUACCAUUCAGGGCACAAUGGAGUCUAAUGAGAGAGCUCUUUAUUUGCUCUAUGGUCAGCUUGAGAAUGAAAAGGAGCGUCGUCUUCAAGGCGUCGUAUUGCAGCAACAGCAGCAACAGCAACAACAGGACGAUGUCUUGUUAGAAGAAGAAGAGUAA